CGCAGAUUAAUUGCAAGUGUAAACUUUGAUAAAAUUUCUUUGCCUUUUAACAUGAAUGCGGUAGUUUGCGGUAAUUUGCACAACUUAGCAACCCUGUUUUGUUAUAGAAUUGAUAAUGGAGACUUUCAUUGUGACUAUUUCUAUGCAAUACGAGAUUUGAUAUAAGGUCACAAAAACUAUGACAAGAAAAAUCUUUCUCAAACCCUCAUGAAUAGUGAUCGGUCACAACAACGGACUAAGGCUUGUAAGGUACUUUUAAGGUUGAAACUCACAAAUCGAGGUGUCAGCAAAAAAAAAAGAAUCUAAAAAAUGGAGCAAGUUAAAAACAAAAAAAAAAGCUACCAAAGAUGCACCCAGGAGCAAUUGGAGUGUUAUGUAACGUUUGCUGAAAAAUAUCCAGGAUUUUUACAAAACAAGGUAAAUUCAGCAAAUCCGCAGCAGAUGAAAAAACUAUGGGAAGAAUUGACUAAACAUUUAAACGAUAUGAAUGGUCCUACCAGAAGUAUACAAAAGUGGAAAGAGACAUUAAAGCAUUGGAGAAAUCAGCUAAGAUCCCGGGCUCGCAAGGGUAAAAUUUCGUUAAACUCGAUAGAGGGAAGACAACUGAGAAAUUAUAAUAAAAUGGCAAUGUUUGAGGAACGGGCUUUGGCGGCAUUUGGAGCGAUUGCCAUUAAGGGGCGGCCAAGUGUCCGAUGUACGGACGUGAAAAGCCCAAUAGAGUGCGCUCAAAAUGUUAAGAGUAUGAAGGAAACACUGUACACAAAGCAAGAAACAAUUUCACCAGAAAAAAAUUACGUAAAGCAAGAGGUAAACGACACCACACCAGAGUCAAACAGCUGUCAAAGAUGCACCCAAGAGCAAUUGGAAUAUUACGUGACGUAUGUUGAAAAAAAUCCGGGAGUUUUACAAAACAAGAUAAGUUCAGCAAAUCCCCGCCAGACGAAAGAACUGUGGGAGGAACUUGCUGGGAAUCUAAACGAUCUGACAGGACCGACCAGGAAUACACAAAAGUGGAAAGAAACAUUAAACAAUCAAUUGCGGUCGAGAGUCCGAAAGAAUAAAAUUUUAUUGAGAAGUAAAGGCGGUCAGCCCUUAAGAAAGUUUAAUAAAAUGACAAGGUUUGAGGAAAGAGCUCUGGCGACGUUUGGGGCAAUUGCUGCCGAUGGGCUCUCAAGCCUUCCAUCUAUUAGGAUGGAAACUUCGUCGAAGCGCGUUCAAGAUAUCGGAGAUAUGAAGGAAAUGACGGAAACAACGCAAGAAACACAUGGCAUCGAGCCAAAAUCAAACGACAUAAAGCAAGGGAUAUAUAACUUCACACAAGAGACGCUUGAUAUCGCACCGAAAACACAUAACAUUAAACAAGAGACCUAUGAAACCGCACCCGAGACACGUGACAUUUCAUCACAGACAAAGCGCACAUGUAAUAAGAGCAAUACCAAACAAAGAAUGUAUAGUGCUAUAAACAGUCUGAGAGCAAGUAUUGAACAAAGAGAUGAACGCGAACGAAGAUUUUGGGAAGAUCACCUAACAGUACAACAAGCCUUGGUAGGGGCUAUUAAAGACCUCACCAAAGCUCUAAACAAAUCGAUAUAAGUUGUUAAAACCAAACAA